UGGUGGCGGUUAUGGUAGUCACAAUAAAAGCGACUGCGAUGGUUUCUCCCACCUUUACCGUUACUCGGUAAUUUUGUUACUUGCACAAAUAGUAGUGGUUGUUGUCGUGUGGGGGCCCCAGUUCAGCUCUGAUCCAGCUGACGUAUGAUGAAAAGCGUUCCAGUCACGACCAUUUCGUCUGUUGUUGUCUCUCUCUCUGGGAUGAUUAAUGUCCAAUAUGAGUUGAUGGAGGUUUUUGGCUGUUUUUUUCUUAACAGGUCGCGCAAUCACGACCACGUAUAGGCUUCCCUACCACCACCCCAUACGUUGAUAGAAUAGUAGUAGUAGUGGUGGUGGUGAUGAUGGUGCCUAUAAGAAAGUUAGAACCGGGUUGUAUGAAGGUUGAAAAGGGAAAAUAUGAAGAGUAAGAGUGAAAGAGAGAGAGACAGAGAGAGAGAGAGAGAGAGGAGGAAAGUAGAGCAACAUUGGCACGUGAACAUCGAAAAAAAUUGGAGACACCCAAAUGGUGUAUAUAAAUACAUACACGCAUUCAGCUAACCAUGUACACACAUGUACGCGGGUAUAUAUAUAUAUAUAUAUAUAUAGAUAGAUAGAUAGAUAGAUAGAUAGGAUUUGGUAGAAGAUAGAGAAAACGUGAUAGAUAUUGAAAUAAUGAUAAGAAAAGACGAGACAGACUGGGAUAGAGAGAAAGAAAGAGAGUAAAGAAAAAACGAGACAUUACAAAGCGAUAAGAGAUAGAGAAAGAAAGUAUAAAAUAUAGAAGAGUAAAUUAGAGGGAGUAAGAGAGAUAAGGUGGAAGUACGGGGUAGAGUAGAAGUGUGAGGGGACAAGAGAGAAAGAGAGAAAGUAGUGGAGGGGGAAUAGUGUGUCAGUGUGUGUAUAUGUAAAUAUGUGUAUGUGUGUGUGUCAUAUUUUUUUUUAAAGCUGUAUUUGUGGCACGUUGUUCCUGCUGUACUCUAAACUAAAACUACUACAACUCCCCUCACUUAAGAUUGCUUCCUUUUUGCGAGACGCAUAUACUUUAACACACACAUACAUAUAUAUAUAUAUGUAUAUAUAUACAUAGAUAGAUUUAAGUACACACGCACAUAUAUACACAUGCGCAUAUUCAAGACGCGCGACGGAAAGACACGAAAAACAAGAGAGAAAGCGAGAGAGAAGGCGACAUAGAGAGAGAGAGAGAGUGAGCGAGACUCAACGAGAGAAAGAGAAAGAAAGAGAGUGAGAGAGUCAUACGGACAUACAGAAAGCCAGAGCGAAGACCAGAAAAAGUGUACAUAUAUACAUCGUAUUUAAUAUAGAUAUUUAUGUAUGUAUAUAGAGUUGUAAGGUGACGGAAAACGGAACAAAAAGGGAGAAGAAAAAAAAAAAUAAUCAGCUACCAACCGGCGAAAAAGACUUUAACAUUAAUACUGAUUAUACACCCAACUGGAUAUAUAUUUACAUACAUCUAUAUACACUACACGCAUGUAUACUUGUAUAUAUACACCUAUAUUGAUUGAUUGAAACCUUAGAUAGGUCUGCCAUGUGUGUAUAUAUGCAUGUAUCUACACAUGUAUACUUAACUACACGUAAAUUGAUAGAUUAAUAGGAUAUGUUUGUGUAUAUGUAUAUAUACGCAUCUCUCUUUCAUUAACAGUUGCUUAUAUGUAUAUAUAUAUACACAAAUAUAUGUAAAUAUAUUAUAUAUCAGAAAAUUUAUAUAUACACUACACGACGUAGACAAAUACAGAUAUAAAACAGUAUUUAAUAUAAACCAGCCAAGAUGACAGAGAACACCGCAAAAGAUUUGAUACUGGACAUUAUCGGUCGUUUGCGAAGCCGCAAAGCCCGACCUGAUUUCGAAAAUAUUUGCCACAUGGCCUCGCGGAAACAUGGAUUAAGUUUGAAAGAAACGGAGGAGAUGAUGAGCAAACUGGUGCAGGAGAAUAUUGUCAUCAGAGUCACUUACAAAGGAAGGACGAGCUACAGAAAUGCGGCCAAGUGCUCCAAGACCCGAAUGCACGCCGAACUUUUAAACAAGAAAGCAGCCACGAAACUGCGGUUUGCCAUUCAAUCGCGCUGUUCACUGAACAAUAAUAACAAUAACAGCAUUAGUAAGUGUGAAAAACACAGAGGUAUUAAUAAUAAUAAUAAUAAUAAUAAUAAUAAUAAUAAUAAUAAUAGUAAUAGUAAUAAUAAUAAUAACUGUACAAAUAGUACAUGUGAUAACAAUUCCGUGAAUGACUGUGUCCACUCUUCUAAUGCCACUACUACGAACCAAAGUGGAGCCGGUUCAUGUGACAGUAAAACUUGUAGUCACUCUGCUCAAAAAUCCAGGUCGAAUUAUCAGGAUCCUAGCGUGGCCACCAUUACCAAUAAUAAUAAUAAUAAUAAUAAUAAUUGCACGACACCCCAGGUACUUACUGAUGAAUGCAACGGUGGUGGUGAUGAUGAUAGUGGUAACGGUGACUAUGAUGAUAGUGGUGAUGUAGGUGUCAGUCGUGAACAGAUCGAACUGUGGUGGCAUGCACAAGGUUUCGAAUCGGCUCUGGCAAAGAUUGAUUUAAGCACGGUCAUCCAGAACGAAUUAAUAGCUAAAAAUAUCCAGCUUUUACCGAACGGAAAGUUGGUGUUGACCAACAGCGGAUCUACUACUACAGCUGCUAAUUCGGCCCUUUUAAAUACCGCAUCUCUUUCAUCUUUGGUACCAUUCUCUUCAGAUUCCUUGCCGACAACAAAUUCUUCGUCUUUUGUCCCUUGUUCGACUCCCGACACAUCCAGUGUGUCCCUUUCUUGCCAAGCACCCCUAUCACAUGCAGCAGUAACAGCAGCAGCAACAGACACGAGCCCUUCCGAUAAACAGAAGGCUGAUCAGGAUAGGAAUGGUAUCUGUGGAAGCGGUGGGACAGGUGACACAAGCCGUCAUCCUGUCAGUAAGAACUGUCUUCCCAAACCACCCUGUAAAAGAGGACGUCCUGUCUCCAGACGAAAGAAAUUCCUCAAGACCCAUGGCCCUGACUUUCAAGCUGAGAUGCCGGUUGCAAUACAUGGCAUCACCAAAUGUGAUUUUUGCCAGCGUCCUCCCGAUAUGAACUGUGGUAACCAAGAAGAGGAACUGCUUUGCUGUAAAGACUGCAACACCAAAGCACACCCUUCCUGUAUGAACUACACUCCAGAACUUGCUCUUCGUGUUCAUCAAUCGCCGUGGCAAUGUCCCACCUGUAAGGUGUGCAGCAUAUGUAAAGACCCAGGAAAUCCUGCAAUGUUAGUCUGUUAUUCUUGUGACAAAGGCUUCCACGUUCAGUGUUUGUACCCACCUCUGGAUAAAAGUCCUUCAGGUGAGCUAGCUAUUGCGGGUCAUUGGGUUUGUAGUAUGUGUAGCAAACAGGACAUCAAGGACAAUGACAGUUCCAAGCUUGUCUCCUCUUCAGAGGAACUGAUGACAAUAAAGAAAGAAGCAUGUACUUAUGGACCACCAACCCCUUCCGAGUCUCCAGAACCAAAUCUUACCGAAAUGCAGCAAGAUUUUCCAAGGAAACGUAAUCUCUAUGAAGGACCUUACCCUGAUGUCACGGACUAUACUAUUGAAGAUGUCGUCAAAUUCUUCAAGUCAAAGGGUUUUACCAAAGAAGCUUCAGCAUUCAGUGAACAGGAAAUUGAUGGCAAAUCGCUGUUACUGAUGAAGCGCGAUGACGUAUUGGUUGGUCUGCGGGACUACAUCUGUUUAGGGCCGGCCCUGAAGAUUUUCAAACAUGUCGAGAGGUUACAGUGGGCCUCUGAAUAAGUCACCUGGUCUUCUGCUACAUUCAACUCAACUCAGCCUCCUUGAUGGAUGGGUCGAUGGAUGGAUGGAGCAAAGCAAUGUUAUGGAUGUGAUAGUGAAGAACUGAUUAACUGACAACGAUGAUGAUGAUGAGGAAAAGGAGGAGGAGGAAGAGGAAAACUAUUGAACUUCCACCCAACAUGAUAUAAAACUCUGUGUGUGUGGAUAUAUAUGUAUGAU